GCGUAACGUUCACGGACCCGCAGAAAUCCGUUUCACUCUCCCCGAAGAUCCUCCAAUCUUUUCAGAAAAAUGCUUCCUCUUAGAGUUUUCCUUAACGAGAGACUUUCCGCGGUAGCGGAGGAGAUUUUAGGAGCCGUGGAGAAGACAAUAACGGUGUACCAGGAGGAGAUUUUACGCUCCAAAGAUUUAGAAAUCAGGCAGCUCAGGAUGCAGCUGAAGCUCCUCCAUUCAGAGCCUGAGUCGGACAAUUAUCUUGAAACCGAGCAGCUGCAUUCUCCUCCCCCUCCUUCUGCUUCUCCUUCUGUCCAGCCCCAUCAGUCACCCCCUGCAGUGGCUGCUGUCCACGAGGAGGAGCAGCAGCAGGGAGGGCAGGAAGAGGAGGAAGUCUGCUGCGUUGAUCAGGAGCUCCCGGAGACCUCACAGGGCAAAGAGGAGCAGGAGCAGCCGCGGGGAGACGCGCUCAAGCGGCACUUCUGGAUGGUCCACGAACCCGCCGAGAACCAGGACGAUCCGGAGUCAGAGGCGCAGGAGUUCAUCUCACCCCACACCGGCCUGCCGACCACUCUGCACGAACAGGCGCUGCACUUCCAGCAGUUCCUCAGCAGCAGCAGCAGCAACAACGGCGGGGGGAACAGCAGCGGCGACGAGAGCAGAGACAGGCCCUACAUCUGCUCCGUGUGCGAGAAGCGCUUCACCAACUGCUCCCACCUGGCGGCCCACAUCAGGACGCACACCGGGGAGAGGCCCUACAUGUGUGACAUCUGCAGGAAGACCUUCAUCACCACAAGCGCCCUGAACAGACACCAGACCAUUCACACCGAGGGGAAGCGAUAUAUAUGCGCCUUCUGUGGAAAGUCCUUUAAAUGGAUGGAGUCUCUAGGCAGACAUGUGAGAAGCGUUCACAAGAGUGAAAAUGUGCAAGUAAGAGAUCCGCAUCAAAGCUGCAGUAUGUGACUUUUGUUGAAAAUGUAUGUAUUUGUCAAAUCUAUAACUACAGUUUAUGAGAUCAUUUGUGAUAAGAAAAAUCGAUGAACUCCUGAUCUACUAUUGCUGUCUGAAGAAAUGCACCGCCCCUGAUCACAAACAGCCAAUCAGCGCUUUCAAAUAUGUCAAUGGAGGAAAAACAGCUUACCUUCCGUGGUUAUGCUAACAAGGUUGAGCAUUCAUGUCAGUGUUUGUUUUUGUGACCUAUAACGCGGGAGCAGCAUGUACAUGAGCUUGAUUGGCAGCGCUUAGAUCCUCCUCCUGCCUCUGAUUGGUUGUUUCUGACUGAGCUGUGUAUUUCUGAAGUUAGUACUGGGAGCAACAUAAUGAUAAUUUCAACAACUGUGUAAAAACCUUGAAAGGUGUAGUUAUUCUUCAAAUACAUGUCCACGUAUGAAUUAAUUAUAAACUAUAUAGCUGGUAUUCAGAAUGUUAGUAAAGUGUGAUUUACUGUAUGUUGUACUGAAUAGGCCUGGAUCCUUUUAAGCCUUGUAUAAAUGAAUAAUUGGUAUCAAACUGAUUGUGUAACAUUUUUACAUCAUGAAGGGUCCUUGUAUUAUUUCAGAAUAAAAAUUAAAAGUCAUCA